UCUGUAUCUUCACAUUCUUCCCAGAAAUCUCAAGAAUCUUGAGAGAAGGAAAAAAGGAUAAAGAGCAGCUAUUGGCAAAAUUUCACCACUAUUUGUGGAAGAAUUGAUCAAGGAAUGUGCUUCCAAUUUAGUGAAAAAUGAUGUGCAUUUCUGCUGAUCAGUAGUGUUAUGUAUCAUGUUUAGCAGAAGUGGCUGGUAUUUUCUCGAUAGGAUGGACGAGCAAGGUCGGAGUGUUGACCCUGCAACGAUAAGGACUUCAACGAGGAGGAAUGGAGGAUCCCAUGGCGAAGAACUGCCUGGUUUGGGGCAGAAGGAUAUUAAGUGCUCUGCCAGGAAGAAGAAGUCUUUGAGGGCUCGAUAUGCUUAUGGUGUCGUGUUUCUGUUGACAAAUAUUAUAGCUUGGCUCUUUAGAGAUUAUGGUGAAAGGAUUUUGCCUAUGCUGCCUUAUUCAAGAGCUUGCGGGGCUCAGGAGAGAGAAUGCUAUCAUACAAUGGGAGUGCUUCGCGUCAGCUUAGGAUGCUUCAUAUUCUUCUUUAUAAUGUUUCUGACGAUGUGUAAUAUCAGCAAACUGUAUCAAGUACGAGCAGCGUGGCAUUCUGGAUGGUGGGGUUUGAAGUCUGUCAUGUUGCUUAUCUCCUUCGUGAUUCCCUCGGACUAUAUUCAAAUAUACGGUGAACUCGCUCGUGUUGGUGCAGGGAUUUUUUUAAUUCUUCAGCUCAUUAGUGUGAUUGAGUUUAUCACAUGGUGGAACAACUAUUGGAUGCCAGAUGACAACAACAACAACAACAAAUCUAGACAGGUGAACAGAGGCCUGCUGUCAUCAGGGAUUAUGGCUUCUUACAUUGUUUUCCUCUGUUGGAGCGCUAUCAGAAGUGAGCCUGCUACUGAGAAAUGCAGCCAUGAGAGGGAAAGUGGACAUCAUAUUGGUUGGUCUACUAUAGUUGUAAGAUCUCACACACUUAUGUGAUUGAUCCUCGUUGCGUUUCUACUUCAUAUUGGUUGGUCUACCGUAUGGUCUACUUCCAUACGGAUAUUAGUUAGUAAGUUAGUUAAUAAUUUCUUGACAUGGUUAUAUAUGUGUGUGUGUGUUUCCUAACACAAAUGUGUAAGAAAAUGCAGAUGGAGUAUUGAUGUGGGGUGGGCUAGUACAUGGGUGAAGAUUGUGAAUGAAUGGUUUGCAGCCACAAUAUACAUGUGGAAGUUGAUAUUUCCAACAUUGAGGGAAACCAAAGUAAUGAACCAUGAAGAGGAGACCACAGAGCAAGUGUAGAUAAAUAGAAGUACAUGUUGGACCAUGAAUUUUGAUGCAAAAUGUAAUAUACGUCUCUUGUAAUGUAACUCUAUUCAUAUUAUAUCUAUACGCACAAAUAUAUAUAUA